AUGACAGAAGAUGAAGGAUGCAACAAAGAUGAAAUUGAAGUUGACAGUUAUGAUGAGAAAAGUUAUAACAUUAGUGAUGAUCACAAAAAUGAGGAUUACACACCAUCAGAAGAUGUUAUUGACAACAUUUUUCUUAGAAAGGAAAGUGAUCUUGACCAUUUGAAAACAUACACUAGUAAUGAAGCUUUGAAUUCGACAUGUAAUAUCAUGGGAUGCAGGAUUGAUCUUUUGUUAUCUUCAUUCAAAAUAAAUAUCUGUUCUUGCGAGUGGAAAGUAAAUAAUGUAUGCCCUUCUGUUGCAAGAAAACAAGAAAGCAAAAAUUUAAGAGUAAACGCUUCCAUUUUAGAAGCAUUGCUUAGACUCCCUCAUGAAAUGAAUGAUAGCAAUAUAAAUCCUUUUACCUUGAUGUAUUCUGAUUGGAUAGGUAGAGAUGGAAUGUUGUAUUUGUACAUAACACCAUAAAGAGAUAAUAAAAUAUAAAUAUUGAAUAUUCAUUACACAAUAAUGUUGUAUAAACAAUAUUAUCAUCAUAUUAUGUAAUCAUUAAACGUAAAACCUGCAAAUGAAGCCCUUAUUGAAUUA